AACAUACUUCUCAACUUGGUUCUGGAGUGAUUUUAGCUAAUCUUUGGGAAGCCCUCACCACUUUACAACCUAGUUCCACGGGACAAGAAUAUAGGAUACUUCUACAGCAUGGAUUUCGGACCUAAUUUUACGGACGAAAUUCAGAUCACGAGUAGUGAAUUACAGCAACUUAUCAACGAAGGCAAACUCAAUAUGGAUAACAUUACUGACACGUCCAUACUGAAUCAGCUGACAGACCAGUCAGUUAACAUUCAACCUCCCUUGUCAGCGAUGCCCACCAAUGAGAGUUACGGAGGUCAUAAUCAGGCCAAAGCAGGCAGCUCGCGAACAUCCAAUCGGUUAGGCAGUCGUGCAGGCACAAAGCAGACUACACCCGAUGGUGUGUAUGUGGAAAUUACUGAACAGCCAAAACAAAGAGGACUGCGAUUCCGUUAUGAAUGCGAGGGAAGAUCUGCUGGAAGUAUUCCAGGAGACAAAAGCAGUGCCGAGAGGAAGACCUUUCCAACAAUCAAAAUUAUGAACUACACUGGGACAGCUGUCGUAGUGGUAUCCUGUGUAACCAAGGAUUCACCAUAUGAGCCUCAUCCUCACAAUCUCGUGGGACGUGAUUGUAAACGGGGAGUGUGUACACUUAAGGUUAAAGACACAAGCACUAUCAGUUUUCCUCACCUUGGAAUUCAGUGUGCGAAAAAGAAGGAUGUUGAAAAUAACUUGAAGCAGAGGAAAGAAAUUAAUGUUGAUCCAUAUCAGAGUGGCUUUAAACACAUGAACAAGGCUGGAAACAUUGAUCUGAAUGUAGUGAGACUCUGUUUCCAAGUAUUUCUGCCAGACGAAUCGGGGAAGAUAUCCAGAAUUGUACCUCCAGUAGUCUCCCUUCCCAUCCAUGACAAAAAGGCCUUAAAUGAACUUGUGAUAUGUCGUGUAGACAAAUCCUCAGGAAAGGCCAAGGGAGGAGACGAGGUGUUUUUGUUGUGUGAGAAAAUUAACAGAGAGGAUAUUGGAAUUCGAUUUUACAAGGAAAAUGAUGCCAAUGAGUCUCUGGUCGAGUGGGAGGACUAUGGAGACUUCAGUCAAAAUGACAUUCAUAGACAGUACGCCAUCGUGUUUAAAACACCACCAUACAAGGACAUCUUCAUCACAAGACCAGUCGAGGUGAAAAUGCAGUUAAAACGCUUGAAUGACACAGAAACUAGUGAUCCUAUUCCUUUCACAUACAUGCCGGAAGAUCCUGAUCCAGAUCGGUUGAUUGAGAAACGGAAGCGUAAAGCAGAAACACUCAACAGCUAUGGUCUGUUUGGGGAUAGUUUUCAAUCCUUAUCACAAGACGACAUCAAACAGAGGCUGAAGGUGAAGGCCACUAAAUCGAGAAUCAAACAAGAAAAACCAGAAAGUAAUAAUUUUGACUUGCCCAACUAUACCUUUGACAAUCUUGGAUCUUCAGCAAUGCAGACUGAGGCACCCACCACAGUUCCCUCCUCUAUGAGUGUACGAACAGCUGACAACUCCGGCAUGGGUAGCGUCACAGUUACACCGACAGAAUCAGUAAGACAGCAGCUGGCAAGUCUCCCAGAAAACCAGCAAUUUGAAAUCCUUCGUCAGCUAGCAAUGAAUAAGCUGCAGCAUGAAGCAAUACAGAAACAACAGCAACAAUCUGGUAAUGUUCAGGUGCAGUCUUCUACAACAUCCUUCGCUGACCUCUUCCAGACACAGAAUCAGCAACCUGUUGUACAGCAAACCAACUCUAGCAGUAAUGUGUUGCUUGCUGAUGUUUCUAUGCAACAAGGCUUGAUGUCUGGGGCAACAGCCUCUGACCAGGCAGGUGGGGCGACAUUGGAUGUGAACAUGUUGCAGACCUAUUUAGGUGACCAGGGAACAAACGUGUCGUUUGAGAGUAUUGAGGGACUUUCUGGCAAUCUGCUCAACAUUAGUUAUGAUCCCAACGUAGCUGCCAUGGAGAACGUGAUGAGCAUCAAUGAGACCAAUCAGGCAAUACAGGGACUGAGUCAAUCAGGGUGAUAAAUGUCACAACAAAGAGAGAUUUUAAUACAGGUGUUGUUGCUUUAUGUUAUAUAAAGCAGUGUUAAAAGUAUUGUCCAAUGGAAACAUCCGAAUGCUUGUAAUCAAAAUAGCCAGGAAUAGAAGCAAUGCACUGUAUGACUGAAAUCUCUGGCUGUGGUACGCACAUUCCACACAUGCGGGUAGGUCCCUGUGACCUGGUUGUGUUGUUGAGUCACAGAUAAACCAAAACCUAAUGCCUGCUUACAGUGAUGUUUGUGGAUGCUCAAACACGACCCCGAGAUGUGUCUAAGUAGUGUUCAUGAUUAGCUGUUUCACUGUUGUCAUGGCAACAUAAAAAUUUGCUACUACUCCGAUAUUUAAAUCGAUAAACACCUUGAAACCAAAAAUUAUGUAAUUCUGUGAUUAAUUUCUUUGCAUCAUUUCCAUGAUUUUACUGCUGAAUAGAAGGUUGAUAAUGAAAUUGAAUUGUGUUGAUAUACUGAGAUUGUGAAGUUGUAAAUGAGUCUUCCAAGCUCAGAGUUCUGCUAACAUUUCACAAAGAGACCAGUGAUGUCUGAUGAAAAACAUGCUUGUAGUUGCUCCCCUAACUACUGUAUAUAGCCCCGAGGUCCUGAUAAUUGUCAUUGCCUCUUGUAUAAUGUGUACAUCUCAAAACUCUGAUGAUCAUCACGCCAUUAUUGUAGAGAAUCUAUUCUGUCUUCAAAUAGUGCUAUAUGUCAUAUGACUACAAAUUUAGUUCUAAAUAGCUAUAACAGUUUCUGGCUUUAGCGGUAAUUGUAGAGUUAUGUCUGGGCGUAAGAAGCUGUGUAACAGCAAAUGAAACCAUAAAUUAUGGUUUAUGUUUCUUGUUAUCAAGUGGGUCUUGGGGAAAUUUCUAUAUAAAUUUAUAACAGUGGAGAAAGCCUUCACACAGGUUAACAUGUGGUGAAUUCAUGAACUGAAUUAGGACAAACAAAAUACCAUGUUAUUUUAUGGCCAUGAUAUUGCCUCAGGAAUGACAGACAUUUAAUAUAUUGAUAUUAUUCGUCUCAAUUAGAUAAUAAAUGUCAGUAUAUCAAUUGUCUUUCAGCUGGGACAUAGAAGACAUGAUUUUCGUAAAACUUUUACAUUCAACUUUAUUGUGAUUAUUUUAAACAAUUUUCUAAUACAUGUACAGCCAGAUAUUUUCAUGGGGGUGAAAUUUUUUAGCUAUUACCCAGGGCAUUUACAGGAUCACAAAAUUUAAUUUGUGAAAAAAUAAGACACAUGUGAAUUUUGUUUGCAAUUUUAAGUGGUUUAGAAUUAGCUGAUGCAGCCAUCUCCUAUUCUCACAUGGUUUUCAACAGUUACAGUUGAUUGAAGUGCUGGAGAGGUUCGUGGUAAAGAUCACUUGUUAAAUGAUACAGAUUUCUUGCAUUUAUAUCAUAAAUCAAAAAUAUAUAUCCACAUAUAUUUAAAUUGCAAAAUUUAAUUAUCUUGUUUUAACUUGAAAUCACAAAAAUUUUGCCCCCUGAAAAAAACCAGCUGUAUGGUAAUGUUAUGUGAAUUAAGAAUUUAAAGAGCUGAUCAAGCUUUUGAUCCAGUUGUUGUAGACGCCCUUUGUUGUUAAGUGCUGACCUUGUAGAUCAUGAAACGUUCCUGUUGGAUCUAACAAGGUUCCUGAUUGUUAUUUGUCAAACUUAUUUUAUUGUACUGUUUUUAUAAAGAUAAACCUUUAUAUAUCUGUACAGUUUCUCCUGUGUUUUUUUUUUUUUUAAUUUGUCCUUAUAAAUAUCAAGUUGUUAUUGUCGAAGAAAUUGAAUGAUUGAAUUUGUAUACGUUUUAGUCAAUGAGGAUAAUAUGUAUGCGACAUGAUUAAAUUUUAAGUAGGGUAAAUAAAUUUCAUUCCUAAGACAAGUCAUAGUAUGAGAUAAAAUUAUGGUUAAAAUAGAUCUAGUGUUGAUGAUUUAAGAUGUCCAUUCAUCAUCAAAUUACUAUAACAGAACAUUAAGGGGAAAAAAGAGAACUGAAAGAAAUUUAGAAUUUGAAGUGUAAAUGUUCUUUAGCAAACUUAUUUUUAUCUGUUGACUCCUUGAAAUAUUUGUUAAAAGUCAAGUUUUGAUUUUAAUCUUCAGAUGUAAUACUACAAAUAUUACACUUCUGCUCUUAUUUACAGCAUUUAAUUAAAGUCUUGUGAAUAUUCAAAGAUAAAACAUCAUAUGGUAGCUAUAUAUAAGAUUUAGGGUUCUUUAGAAUCUAUUUUUAGGUGAAACUAUCUGAUUGUUGUACAUUGUAUAUUUAUGGUGAGAAAUAUAUAAAUCAUAAAAGAAGUAAAUAGACCAUAUGAGCAUGUGUCCUCAUUUCAAACAACCAUAUAUGUCGGUAUCUGAUACUGAAAUGUUGGUUUUUUGUGUGUAUAUAUCUGAUUUCCUAAGAAAAAACAUUCAACUAUGGUGUAAAUUAAAGACAUUUAUAAGUAA